GAUCACCGCCACUCUCGUAUUGUUUUCAUCUGGCAGUCUAUUGCCUCACCAAGGCAAUGUUUUCUCUCUCACCAAAAGCCAACCACACUCGUCCUUCCUCCCCCUCAGGUGCCAGGCGCACACAGUUCCUCCUCCUCCUCCUCCAGCCCUGUACCGAGGACAUCCCCAACCCUGAGCCCCCUGGCAGCCAGCGCCCCCAGCCCGUCCCAGGCCACGCGCUGCCCCCACGAGGCCGCCUCUGCCAAUGUGAUGGUGAGGCCCCGUGACGUGAGCGGAAGUGCGGGGAGCCACGUAAAGGUCCAGCCAAUCUCGUCCCUGUGUGCAGGUGAGACCCACGCCCACCCUGGCAGUGCUACACACCCCACGGGUGGCCAGCACACCCACGCCACAGUGCACAGCCCCCAGGGACCCAUGGCAGCCUUGAGGCACACCCACAGGGACCACUUCCCCAGCGAUGACGAGGCAGCAGAGGACAGUGUGACUCUCGUGGAGGAGACGCUGCAGCCUUCCUCCUCCCGGCCGGAGGGUUGUGGGGGGAGAGAGGUGGCCCACACAUCUCCAAAUACCACAACUGAAACUGUUCCAAGGAGAAAUUUGGUGUACAGGGACGACAACAUCGCCUACGUGGUGGAAGGACUGUACCUGGGCAACAUCACCGCCGCCUACAGCCAGCCUCUGCUCUGCCGCCUGGACGUGCAGUGCGUGGUGGACCUUUCUGGCACGCGGCCCACUCAGGUGCCUGCCGACAAGAAGUCCAUCUGUCCCUGCACCUGCCCCCUCACCACGCCACACCACAGGUCAAGGCUGUGCAUCGACAUUCCUGACUCAGAGGAAGUGGACAUAAGACAGUUUAGCUCGGAGGUGACUCGCUUCAUCCACGCUGCCCACCUCAAGGGGAAGAACGUCCUUGUCCAUAGUUACAAGGGGCAAAGUCGCGCCCCAGCACUGGUUAUCCUCUACCUAAUGACUAUCGUACGCAUGUCCUUCGCCCAAGCCUUGUCCCUGGUGCAGACAUCCUACCCCUGCGUGGCCCUUAACCCUGCCUUUCGAAUGACACUGCAGGAGGUGGACCGUCGCCUCAGCCCUCCACCGUCCCCUUCACCAGGCCCAGACACGACAACAACCACCACCACCACUAACACCAUUGCCACCACCACCACCACCACCACACAUCCGAAAAUAAAAACAGCAUGGACAUAAUUGAACAUGUCUGUUGUUCUGCUUAUUUAUUCACCAUUCAUUUACAGUGACUCAGCUUGUCACUAAGUGAAGGAUAUGCUCACAAGAAAGGAAUAGUUACAUAAGAACAUACGUAUGUAAGAAAAUAAGAGAAGCUGCAAGAAGCCAUCAGGCCUGCAAUUGGCAGUCCCUGUGUCUGGUAAUGCAAUUAAUUAACUAACUUUAGAUUCGGAAUGAAAAAUAAAGCAUUUCUCCGAACAAUA